CAAUUUACAGCCAUAAACCCAGUGGUUGCAGAUGACAUCUCGGAGGUCAAUUCUGAAAUCUCAGAGUCUGACAUUUCCUUCUCAGAACCACUCAGUCCAGGAGAAAGGAAGCAGAGGACUCUGCUCUCCCCACCUGCAGUGCCACCUAGGGAUUUUGAAGAUGAUGUAGACAGCCAAAGAGGAUCAAUACGUCCCCAAGAGGAAGAGGUGUUCCCCUCACUACCAGAGACCACACUCUUAGACACCACAGCCAGCAAAGAUAAGGCACUCUUAACACAUGUAGGGGCACUAGCCUCUAGGAGACCCCCUUCAAAACGGGGUGCUUCGCAGUCUUCUUUAGAAAAUGGUGAAGAGACACCAGAGACAUAUGUGGAGCGGUGGAUCCAGCAUGACAGCGAGGACACAAUAAAGAAAGCAAAGCAUAAACGCAAGCCCCCUCCUCCCCAGCCUGCUGACACCAAGGUGGCUCCUCCUCUACCUCCCCCAGACUUUAGAGAUACACAGUCUAACAAAUCUGACUCGUCAAGUCAAGUGUCACAUGCAUCCUAUGAGCCCUCCCGUCCACUCUUCCAAGGGUUAGCCUCAGAAAUUCCUCAGAGGAUAGACGACCAGGACAGUGCUCCAGGAAUCACUUUGGUUUCAUCUCGUACUUUACCAGAAGCAGUGAACUCCCUACCUCCGCGGCCGCCCCGCCCCAGCAAGAACAGCGGAAUAGCACUUCUUUCCAGUCGUCCCUUGGACAGUCAGGACAGUGGUAUCACCCUCAUCUCUACCAAACCACUGGACACAGGAUACUCUAAGAAAGGGUCUUACAUGUUUGGCUAUCAGUUUCGACAGAGGAGUGAAUCCACAGACUCCAGUACCAGUGAAUCUAGUCCAUACUCUUCAUCCAAUAUGUUGACAGAGCUGGAUGAUGAAAGUCGCUCCCAGACCUACUCUUUUCACACUGCUGCCUCAUUGCCAUCUUUACAGUCCACAGAGGAUCUUUCAUCCAUUAAUCCUCGUAAGAUGAACCAGUGGCAGUCGGGUCCAGUAAGUGAGUGGUCAGUGGACCAGGUGUGCACGUGGCUCAUGGCUUUGGAACUAGAGCAAUACAUAGCAGAGUUUAAUGCCAAAGCAAUUGAUGGGACACAGCUGUUACAGUUGGAUGGAACCAAACUUAAGGUAAUACAACCUGAAAUAUUAAUUGUGGCCUUACGGCAAAUACCAGUGAAAUGCAGUUCAUUUUUUGAGUUUGCUGUUUCUAAUUUGGGAUAAUAAAUUAUUGUGUGCUGGUGGCUCAAAGGGCCAGUAGACUUAAGGCAGUUUUUUUU